UGCUGGAUUGAAGUAAAAUAUAUGUCGGUCUGAAAAGCCCGUGGGCCUGUGCAAUCCCAAACGCAAAACUCAGAAAUCUAGAGAGAGAGAAGGUGGUGUUGCAGCUUUUGAAAUUCAAGUAGUGUAAGUGCUACUAUGAGUGAACAGUGAAGUGAGUGAUGAAGAAUACACCGGAUAAUCAUCACUUCAACAACAGCGCUGAAGAACAAGACGAAGAUGUCAAAUUAUCAUCUCUGCGCUCUAGGGUUCGGAAAGCUCAAGUCCAAGCGCUCAACUCUUCUCCGUCGUGGCCGGAUAAACAACAACAAUUAGUGCUUGAUGGUGAUGAUGUUGACGAGGAUGGUGAUGAGUCAGCAGCAUCCGAUUCGGUUCGGUUUGAAAUUGGGGAUUUGGUUUGGGGGAAAAUUAAGUCGCAUCCGUGGUGGCCUGGUCAAAUUUAUAAUCAGGCCUUUGCGAGCGUCGAGGUUCGGAACGGUGGAAUUGAGGGACAGGUGUUAGUUGCGUUCUUCGGUGAUGGUAGUUACGGCUGGUUUUAUCCUGCGCAGCUUGUGCCUUUCGAAUAUCGUUUUUCGGAGAAUUGUAGGCAGAGUGGUUCUAGGAAUUUUGGUAGGGCUGUGGAGGAGGCUGUGGAGGAGGUCACUAGGAGGUCUGCGUUGCCUUUCGUGUGUCGGUGUAGGAAUUGGGAUGGAUUUCGGCCUUCGGAUGUUGAGGGAUACUUUUGUGUUGGUGAGAUUGGGAGUUUGUACUCUGGUGACCAGAUUAGGAAGGGGAGGGAUGGUUUUCAGCCGAGAGAGAUGGUUGCCUUUUUGAAUAAAAUAGCGGCGGCACCUACUGGGGAUGAGGAUCGAGGGAUAGGGUUUAUGAAGACUAAGGCUGCGGUUAUGGCUUAUAGGAAGGCGGUUUAUCAAGAGGUUGAUGACACCUAUGCGCGGGAAUUUGGUCACAUCCCGGAUGUGCGUUCUUCUCUGAAAAAAGCCCUAGGCACGGGCCGCUCCCCAAAAGUGCCAAUUAGAGCUCCACUGAGUGGCCCCCUGGUAAUCGCAGAACCACUGGGUAAAGAAAAGGGUCUUGCUAAACUUAAUAAGGGCAAGGUUCAAGCAAGGAAGGAUCAAUUCCUUUUCAAGCGGAGAGAUGAAGCCAAUGAAGUUAAAUCUAGUGUCCUAACCAACCCAAGCCAUAUCACUUCCUCAGAACAGCCUGUUUACAUAGAUGGUUCAUCUGCAAAAGUAAAAGAUGAUUAUGUUUUACAAAAGAGAUCUCCUUCAGUAUCUACAGAGAACAUGGUUCAAGAAAAACAGGAGUCGACUGAGAUGAGGUCUGAGAAUUAUGUCUCUGAUUUGAGUGAAGUACCAGUUGGUGAGGGUAUCAUCAUGGAGGACAAUUUUGCAGCUGUAAAAGCCGGGACCAUUGAUGUUCGAGUGGAAUCAAGUAAAGCUGAGUCACCUUUUAAACCUGUGGUUGAUCAAGAUGCAGGUAAAUUUAGUCAUCCACUUGAAGCAAGGCCAUCCUUCAAUGAGGUGAAAUAUGGGGAGAUGAAGAACAUAGCAGGUUUAGUGUCAAAUGUAGAUGACAGCCUUGCUUCCCAGAGCUCUUCAAACAUGCUUGGUGGGAUGCCUCGAACUUUUGAGAGCAGUGGGGUAAAUAUUGAUGUCAAAUAUGACCAUCCAAGUUCAAGUGCCUCAUCUUCUAGUCAAUUAGCUACAAGUGAACUACGUGAUGGUUUUAGUGUUGCACAUGUGUCAGGGACAACUACUGCAGUGCUCCAUGGUAAAGACAAAAAUAUUCAUAAGCGCGCUGUUGGGGAACUGAACAGUAUGAGUUCGACCGCAUUGGAGAACCAAAAAAAGAAGCCGAAGAAAGAAUCGAUGAGCUCUCAAAACAUGCAGAUGCAUCCAUCUGAUGCAAAGAAUGGCUCAUCAGUGACCAACAUGGCUGGAAAAUAUGUCUGCACUCAAGUAGCUUCCAGAGAUUCUCAGGUCGAUCCAAAGAAAGAAGAGGAUAAUGUCCGCAAUUCUUUCCCCCCUAAUUCAGUUGCCACACUGAAGAACUCGAAAACAGAAAAUAAAAAGUUAAAGCUUCCACAAUUGCUUUAUAAUCUGAAAUCUCUUGCCCUUGAUCCUUUUCAUCAUUCAGACAGCAGUCUAUCUGUUAUCCAGCAGAUAGUUCUUAGAUUUAGAUCUCUUGUUUUUCAAAAGAGCUUGGCUCCUUUGCCACCUGCCAGCUGGGAGUCAAAGGAAACCCGUCGUAGUAAACCUGCUGCCAUUGCAACCAAUAAUAUUCCUGCCGAGAAUGUCAGGGAAUUGAAACCCGUAAAAACGCAGAAAGUUGUGGUCAGGCCUGAUGAUCCUGCAAAAGGUGGGAGGAAGCACGUGCCAUCUGACCGCCAAGAAGAAAUAGCUGCAAAGAGGAGAAAAAUCCUCGAUGCCAAGCCUUUAAUAGAUCAGAGGACUGCUGAAAAAUCUUCUCUGAUGCAGCGUGGAGAGGUGAAAGAAACAAGUGCUUUAAAAAUGAAGUCGGUUAAGCCAGAACUUGUUAAGAAAGUGCAGCCUCCUUCAAGGGAAUCAGAUCCAGCAAUGCUGGUAUUGAAGUUUCCGCUCCGUGGAACACUUCCGUCUAUUAAUGCGCUGAAGGCUCGUUUCAUUCGUUUUGGGCAGCUAGAUCACUCUGCUUGUCGUGUAUUCUGGAAGUCCUCGACUUGCCUUGUUGUGUUCCGGCAUAAAGUUGAUGCACAGGCUGCAUAUAAUUAUGCUGCAUCAUCUACCAACAUGUUUGGAGCUACAGGCAUAAAAUGCUACCUGCAGGAGAUGGAAGUGGCAGCAAGUGAGCAGAAAUCUGGAAAAGUCCUACAAGAUGAAGUGUUAAUGAGCACAUCACAACUGAGAGAUUCUACAGUUGAACGAAGAUAUGCGGCCCCUCCUGCAUUCAACAGUGUGAAACAGUCAGGAGCUCAGGUCAAGCCCAUCCUGAAAAGAGCAACUGGUGAUGAGACCAGCAGUAGUGGAGGUAUUACGGGACCUCCUAGGGUUAAGUUCAUGUUGAAUGGGGAAGAAAAUAGUGAAGGGGCGGGACAAUUGAUGAUUGGUAAUAAGAACAGCACCAAUACUAUUUUUGCUGAUGGUGGUACAUCUACUUCUCAUGCAAUGCAUUCUAAAAGUAAGAAUUUUCAAAAUAUUACUUCGUUUCCGUUGCCACCUCUUCCUCCAACUCCGACUACUGGUACACAUCAACUUCCUCAACCAAAAGAAAGUAAUUUGCAAUAUACUAAAGAAGCACCAAAAACCAGUCAUAACUCUAACAUCCCCACAGCGGAUCCAAUGACCCCGAGUACCCCGAAUGUAGAUAUUUCCGAACAGAUGAUAAACCUGCUGACAGAAUGCAGUCAAGUUGUAAACAAUGUGAUUGCAUUUCUAGGCUAUGUCCCUUAUCAUCCACUUUGAAACAUUGAAAGAGACAAUUGAUGAAGAACCAACGUAUAGUAAAGUUGUGCCCAAACUCGUGAAGAAAUGUAGAAUAAAAUUGUUACCCUAAUAGAGAAAAGGAUAGAUGUGCAUUUAUCAAGUGGUGUUGUAAGUCAGAUGUUAGAUGUACCCUUUCUUUAAGACUCUGUAUAAUGCAGCUGACGCUUAUGUUAUGUUGUAAUCCGGGAUCUGUGGCACAUUGUUAGACUAGUCAAGUGCUACGGUCUCGCACAUAAGAUUUAGACUCUGUUGUUUCUCAUUUUACUUUC